AUGGACACAACUGUGAUCAAGGCAUUCCUGGAGGAGUGGCCAAAAAAUCAGCACUUUUAUGAGGCCAUCGCACCAAAGGCCCGGGAUAUAUGCGUCAAGUCCCUUCAACAACGUGGCAUCCAAUGCUCGGCAGAAUCCCGUAUCAAAGAAGCUGCUAGCUUGGAGAAAAAGCUGUAUGCGCGACAGAAGGAAAGGCCGCAGCCGUACAAAAGUAUAGCCGACAUUCGAGACGACAUUGUUGAUCUCGCCGGUGUGCGGAUUCGGCUCUACUUCCCCCGACAAAGACGAGCUGUCGGUCGCAUCAUCAACAGGGUAUUCACCGUCAAAACGGAGAAAACAUUUCCAGAGCCUGCAAAUGGGAAAAAUACCGCCGCGACAGAUGAUGAAGAUCACAAAUAUCAGGAUGACGGAAAUUUAACUCACAAGGGCGAGUCCGACGAAGAAGACGAUACACUGGACAUUCUGCCAGAGCCAUUUCCCGGCUACUGCGCCGAUCAUUACCACGUCUCUUUAAAGCCGGAAGACUGCCCUCCAGGAAAAGACUGGCACACAGGCCAGAUCGAGAUCCAGGUUGUCUCGAUCAUGCGCCAUGUCUGGGCGGAGGUAGAGCAUGACCUGGUGUAUAAGAAUCUGGCGGUGGCUGGGGAUGCGGAACGACAGGCCCUCAAUGGACUGAGCGGCGCCAUUGACCUGGGCGAGCGCUUCCUGGACCAGCUGUAUGACCUCCAGAGAUUCGAUGGCCCUUUCGAGACAGCCCAUCAGCUGGGUUUGUACCUGCUGCAGUGUAUGCAGGUCAAAAUGGAUGGCAGAUCUGAAGACCUUGAAUACCUUGUUGAAAACUUUGGAGAAGUGGACUUGCUCUGGCAGCUGCUGCGGGCGACCGGGUUGAAUGGCCGGCAGCAGUUUCGGAAAGUCUUGGAAAAAAUGGAUUUUUCAGUGCACUCUCAAGGCCUCUCGCCGGUCACUGUGGGAUGGGUUACGAUUCGACCGACUGUUAUUCACUACAUCAUGGAUGAGAUUGUUCUGUCAGCUUACGGGGGAGGAAAAGUUGCCGCUCAACUGGAGGCGCGGCGGAGCCGGGGAGAGGAAACCAAGUACAAGCUCGAGGCCAUCAUUGACUCAUUCGUCCUGGUCAGUCACCUGUUCGGUAAGGAAGAGUUGGUUGCUCUGGUGAUGAAUACGAAGGGGAUAAAUCGGGACAGAGCUGCAUGGAAACGAGUCAUCGAGAUGGCGGACUGGCUGCAUGGAGAUCGACCGUGGGAGUUUUACGACGGUCAAAUCCCACUGAACCGCACGGGGAAAGCCACGAUUGAUGGGCUUUGGGCGCAUUUUGAAAGACAUGAUCAACGCCCGAUGCAGAUGGUGUUUCGUUUGGCUCGGCUAGGCGUGGUCAAAACUUGUGUGGCAGACAGGACGAGACUCGUUCCCGCCUUGGAGACACUGAUCAGCUUCGCAGAGCUGAAAUAG